AUGUUUGAUUCUGGUAAUGCUUGUGGAGGUGGAACGUUAAAUUUAUCAGCUUCAAUAUAUGUACGUAUAAUUGUAUUUCAAAUUUCAGGAGCCAAUGUAAAACUAAAGUGGAAAAACCUAAAAGACACUUUUCGAAGGGUUCUUCGAAAAGCUCCACGUCCAGUAUCGGGAUCCGAAGCUCCACCAACAAAACCGAAAUGGCCAUUUUUUGAAAUGAUGGCCUUUACGAGGCAGACAAUUGAACCCGAUCCAACUGAGGGAAAUCUUCGAGAACCAGAAAGUUAUUCAAUGGCUCAAAAUCGUUUUUUCGCAGAAACAAUAUCAGAUUUACUGGAAGAAGAGGAUGUAACCCUUUCAAGUGUCAAUAUGCUUACAAACAGCACUCCUUCUACGAGCACCAGCUGCCCCCAAAACGUGCGAAAAAAUAAAAAUAAGAGAGCGUCAACAUACAAUUUGGAGUCAGAAUUUCUCGAGUUAGAAAAAGAAAGACUACAAAUUUUAAAGAAAGAGGUAGCAAAAAAAGAAGAGGAUAGUGAUGACCUUCAAUUUUUCAAAAGUCUUUUGCCAUUUAUGGCACAAUUUAACAAUUUUGAAAAACUUGAGAUAAGAACUGACAUUCAAAAUAUUAUAUUGGAUAAACUGAAGAAUACAAAUAAAGAUUAAAAAAAUUAAAAAAAAAACUAACCUUAAACAUAAAACCAGCCGUUGUUCUGGACUAAUUGCUUUCUUUUGUCUUGUUAAUUUUGGUCGAACUUUUUCCAACAGCAAAUCAAAAGAUGGUACUGACAUACGACAAUAUUGCCAAAAGCGAUCUGGAAAUCUGCGAAGAUUUAGAUAUAAAUGAUGAAAUUCACCAUAAUUUUCCCUUUCACGAUUCUCGAUCUUAUUACAGAUCUAUAAAUAUGAGCGCGACUUUCAACCAGUAAGCUACGAUGAACCGCACUUGACGAAGGCAUUUUUCCAACUAAUCGCUCAGCGACGUGUCGUUUAGAAAAUGGCCACCCAUCGCUCAGAUUGGUCGCUCAGCGACUC